AAUAAACGGCUGAAAAUGUAUUAAUCACAACUUUAAAUGGAAAGGGUUUUGUGAACUGUAAAAUGAAUCUAGAAAGAUGAAGAAAAUAUAAGCAUAUUCCAAAACAAGUUGAUAUAUAUGAAAAGUAAAAGUUUAUGAAGAAAAUUGGUUAAAUCAGUUGGUUAAGCAAUAAAAAAAAGGUUGCUUAAGACACCCUAUAAUUAACAAUUAAACUAUAAAAAUCUGGGUUCUGGUCAUAAAAUUGAAUUAAGGGUUCAGUUUAAAUUCAAAAGAUGAGUUUGUCUGAGUUGUAUUCGUUUGUCAUAGGUUUCAGUGAUGCUGCCGGGAUUGCUGGGAACAUCUUUGCUUUUGCUCUAUUUUUGUCACCCAUAGCAACAUUUAGGAGAAUUAUUAGAAGCCAAUCUACAGAACAGUUUUCAGGGUUGCCUUACAUAUAUGCCCUCUUGAACUGUUUGAUCUGCCUCUGGUAUGGCAUGCCUCUCGUAUCACCCGAGAUUAUAUUGGUUGCAACGGUUAAUUCAAUUGGGGCAGUUUUUCAGUUUAUCUACAUUAUCAUAUUCAUCAUGCAUACCGAUAAAGAAAAAAAGCUAAAGAUGUCAGGACUACUGGUUGGAGUUUUUACAAUAUUUGCUGCGAUAGUAGUUGUGAGCUUAUAUGUUUUUGAGCCUCGUGAUAGACAAAUGUUUGUCGGAUAUAUAAGUGUUUUUUCUCUCAUUUCCAUGUUUGCUUCCCCACUUUGUGUCAUUAAUUUGGUGUAUAAAACAAAGAGUGUCGAGUUCAUGCCGUUCUAUCUCUCACUUGCAACCUUUUUGAUGAGUCUUUCUUUCUUUGCAUACGGAAUGUUGAAGUAUGAUCCGUUCAUUUAUGUCCCUAAUGGUAUUGGAACAAUUCUGGGGCUAAUACAACUGGCGCUAUACUUUUAUUAUAGCAACGAAUACGGCCAAGAUUCCAGAGAACCGUUGUUAGCAUCCUAUGCCUAAGUACAUUAUCUGUCGAUGUGAUAUGGAAUUUGUGUGCAAUCUAUCGAUUGCGAGUUGCGACAUUCUGAUAAGUUAUAUGUCGAUAAACAAUCAUUGAGCUAUGUUUAUCGCUGUUUUGUCAAUGGAUUCUCACAAGUCUGGAUCGGAUCAGUACACUUCUUGCUGCAACAAAGAAAGGAAGACAGCGUUAACGAGUAACUACUCGGAAAGAAAACAAUCUGGUGCUCGAUGGAACGGGCUGUUACGGACGACUAUCAAUAAGCGGUUACAAAAUUGCAGCACCAGAGCAAUAGUCUUUAAUCUUUGUUAAUGUCAGUGUACAGACACCAGUAAAUCAUUGUCUUGGAAUUGUAUAGCAUUUAUUCAUUUGUGGUUGAUUUAUUUUCAAUCAUCUAAAUGUUUUUCUUUUAGCUAAACAUUUGGAUUCAUAUUAUCAGUAUUCAGUCAUUUUGUAUAUUCAUUGUAUUUGUAUGUACCUUUUCCUUGUAAUU